CCCGCUCUUGCUUCUUUCAGUCUUCCUGCUAUUGUUAGUCAGUGACAACAUCUUCAUUGGAUACAAUAGGACUCAGGCAUGAUACCCCAUUGGCUGCAGUACAUAGCUGUAUUAUGGGCUUCUUCACAGAUAUUCCAGGAAACAGGAGUUCAUGGACAUGGUAGACUGAUGGACCCACCAGCUCGGAACAGUAUGUGGAGGUUUGGUUUUCCAACACCAGUGAACUACAAUGACAAUGAGCUCUAUUGUGGUGGUUACGCAGUGCAGUGGGAGCAGAAUCAGGGGAAGUGUGGAAUUUGUGGAGAUGCUUACAGCAUUUCCGACCCACGUCCACAUGAAGCUGGUGGACAAUUUGCCAAAGGCAUAAUUGGAAGGAGAUACAGCUCUGGACAGGAAAUAGACGUAGAAGUGGAACUCACUGCAAAUCACUGGGGGAGAUUUGAAAUGUUCCUUUGCCCAAAUAACAAUCCAAAUUAUGAGGCAACACAAGAAUGUUUUGACAGGUAUCCAUUAUAUAUAUCAGGAACAAGAGAUGUCAGAUUCUUAAUUCCAGGAGAGGCGAAAAAGAAAGCUGUAUUCAGAUACAAAGUUAGGCUUCCUCCAUAUGUUACUUGCACUCAAUGUGUGCUUCAAUGGACAUAUUACACCGGAAACAUGUGGGGCAUAUGUGAUAACGGUACUGAAGCUGUUGGCUGCGGUAAGCCCGAAACCUUUAGAAACUGUGCUGAUAUUAGCAUAGUGACUAGCACAUCUGGUUUGCCACCUUCAUUUAUAGAAUUGCAGAAUCCAUUUUUGUUGUAUUUCAGGGAUUUCAGAUCACAAAAUUUAAUAACACCUUUAGUCAUAAGGGCCCAAGUUUGUAUUCCUAGAGGAAGGUACAAAUAUUUACCUGGCAUGUCAGAAUGGUGCCAAACUAAUUGUUUAAAGUAUCCGCCACAUUGUCCUGCUGAAUUGUGCCAUUGCCCGCAAGAAUGUGAUGCUAUAGGUGAACUUAAAGGAAGGUCAGGAGCGGAUGUUUACUGCCAAGACCAGUGCAUUAUCUAUCCUUCAAAAUGUCCAGAAAACCGGUGCAGAUGUUAUUAAUCCUUUGCAUUUCAAUUGCCCGACUUCACAUUUUUUCAACAUGUAUGAUUAAAGAACAAAAAUUAUAUUGCAACAUUGCUGCAAUUUCUGUUGGCAUAAAACUGUAAUAUAUUGAACAACCGUGCUGUGCCAAGGAAAUGGUCUAGAUCUGAAUUGUUUAAUCUGAUCCCAUUUGUGUGCUUUCAUUAAAAUUAAAAUUUUGUAAUUA